GACACUGUGUCUUCACUUGUCAUAUUGCAUCAUCAUCGUAGUAGUCGUCCGCUUCUUCUUCUUCAAUCUUUGGAAUGUAGAUGCAGAGAUGCUAACAUUCUCUGCAACAUCAUCAACUUGAGCUUCCUUACUCUCUCAUCGACACAAACACUUGCAAGCUCUUUUCCAAAAGCACCUUCAACAAUACCACCUAUUUCAACAUCACAUUCAGUUUCUCCAUUGCUGCACUAAUAGGAAUGAGGGUUUUAAGAAGCCUUGAGGUCUUGAAACUGGGAGUUGUCAACUACUUGGAUGCCUUGAAACUGCAAGAAAAGCUGGUCUUGGAUAGAAAAUCUCAUAGGAUAUGUGAUACUCUUCUGUCUUUGCAACAUCCACCUACAUACACUGUUGGCAAGAGACGAACUGUUCAUAAUUUAUUAAUCCCACAGUCGGAAUUGGAACAAAUUGGAGCUGAACUUCACUACACACAACGGGGAGGAGACAUUACAUUUCAUGGUCCACACCAAGCCAUUUUAUAUCCUAUCAUAUCACUUCGCGACAUGGGAAUCGGUGCUCGAAGUUAUGUGGAAAAAAUGGAGCUAACUAUGAUUGAAAUGGCAGCUCAAUAUGGUGUGAAGGCUUGUCCUGGACUAGCUGGUGAGACAGGUGUGUGGGUUGGAGAAAGGAAGAUAGGUGCCAUUGGUGUUCGGAUAUCAAAUGGAAUCACUUCUCAUGGUUUGGCAUUCAACAUUGACCCUGAUUUAAGCUACUUUAGGCACAUUGUUCCCUGUGGAAUUGCUGAUAAAGAAGUUACAUCACUGAGAAGGGAGACAGAUUCUGUUCUUCCACCUGAAGAAAUAAUACAGGAGCAGUUAGUUUCUUGUUUUGCAAGAAUAUUUGGUUAUGAUAACCUUAUCUGGAAAGAGGAUGCUUCAGUAGUUACUGAUGGAACUGAAUGAGAUGAAAGUAUUUUAGCAAACAGAUAGUUGUAUAACUUCUAUGUUUGCUUUUAUUCUUUCUUAUGCAAAGAUGGCACUGAAUACAAUUCCACACAUAAUAUAAAUGUAUCUUCCAUUAACAUUGUGUUUUGGGAAAUAACUCCAUUAUUGAUUUCUAUGGAAAU